AUGGCUAGUUCUAGUCAAAGUUCAAACUGUGGUUUCUAUAAUAUUCACGAAAAAGCAUGUGGAUUUUCCAGUUUAAGUAAAGCGAAAGAUAACGUAUUAUUGCAAGACUGCACAAGCGAUAUUUCAAAGCACUUGGCCAACUGUCACUUACCUAAGUCUUUACAAGAGUAUGAGGUUAUUCUAGCUCGUGCAGGGGUUUUUCGAUGGAGUAAAGAGUUCCUCGAAAACACUAUAAUUUGCCCUACUCACCGAGACGAAUUAGGAAAGUAUUGGCGGCCCUCCAAAUCUUGUCAGUACCCAAGUCACAAAGGAAAACCAAAACAACUGAAGGACACUCACGUCAUUAAUAUCAAGGUUGCCACAGAAAUUUUUGACUUGUUUGGAUGCACAGUUCCAAUCGGAUCACGUAAGUCAUUAUUCGUUUGCGCACCUUCAUACCAAAAUACGACUUUCUUUCUUAUUUUUGAGAGUUUGAUUUUUUUCACAGCAAUUUGCUCAACAUGCAGACGAAGUCAUGGGGAGUCAACAUGGAAAGCAGAAGAAGGUAGAAAUCAAAGAAGGGCAUAUGAAAGGUUCGUUUUAGCAGUCGGAUAAAUUAAUAUUUAGGUCAACCAAUUUCGCGCUGCGGAAACGUGCAUCAAGGUUCACCACAAGCAUCCUGUAGUGAAUGUCUCUCAAGCUUGAACCUCAGCUGGUAUAUAUGGGUACACUGUACAUUUGCCAUAUUGAAAAUUAUCUUUGUUUUUCUUGCAGAGCAACAAACAGUCCAGAUGCACGGAAUCUUCCCGAUAUAUCAAAACUUAGUGUUUCAACAUAUUCUGAAAGUAGUGCAUGGACACCUGGUGCAUUUUCUAGACUUACCUUGAGCAGUGAUGAUUCACAUGAAGACCUUUCAGCCACUGGUGCACUAGAAACUUUCAAUGAAACAAUGGAAAAACUGGCUGAACAUACAUCUAGAGAAAUUACACCGUUGAAAUUUCAACUAACCAGUAUGUGGGACGAAGCAACACCCGAUGAAAAGCAAGCAUGCUUGGAGAAAGCCGAAGAGGCAUGUAGGGUUGUGUGUGAUAUAAUUGCUCCUGCGGACGGCUCAAGUCUUUAUGACUCACUUCUGAGUGAAUCAGACGGGGAACACAUCUCAGGUGACCUAGUUGCCUUAAUGACUGCAUUUGCAGAUGCUCCAACGCGUAAGCUGAAACUACAAAUACUAAGUAUACCGGGUGGCCCAAAAAAAAGUACUCCUGUUUGAUUCGUAAUAACUUCUAAACAAGUAAAGUUUUUAAAGAGAAAUAACUUGCAUUAAAUAGAGGAAGGACUAACUUAGAUUUUGAUAUACUACAGUUGUAUUUAACUUAAAAAUUCACGGAUAUAUUAAUGUUAAAAAUGGGGAGCAUAUUUUGGAAUGUGUCUAAAAUUAGCGAAAAUCGGCAUAUCAAAUAUUAACUCCAGCGUUUGUUUGCUUAAUGACAUAUUAGGCUAACUUGUAUUUCAGCGAAUUAUCGUUAAAGUUUUAAGGGAUAUGGCGUAGAUUUAGACAUCUUACAUGUAAGUCUUAGCUCAUUGUUUCCUGAAAUAUGAACGUUCGAAAUUAUGCAAGUAUUUAAUAUUAGGUCUUUGCAAACUUAAAUGUACAUGAAAGACGGACCAUGGAAGGCAGGCGCUUAAAUUUUUCGUAUUCUUAAAUAGCCUAAUUUUUUUAUGUUUUUAAUGGGUUCAAACAGACUGAGUAGAUUAUUUCUCGGUUAGAGCAGGAUGAAUAUUCUUUAUUGGAGGAAAUAAUAUUGCUUUUUGCAAAUACACAUCACCGUAUCAACGCUACUAUUUUGUUACGUUUUGUUCCAAAAAUGUUGCAUGUCUCUGGGGAGUUGCUUAAUUGUUAUGUCUUAUGGAGUUGUAUGGUUUGAUUGUGUUUCAUAUAAUUCUCAGUUUACUCCAUAAACUUGCCAAGAUUAAGAAACGGCAAAAGAGUUUGGGUGUUCUUAACAAGAUUUCAGAACGUUGCAGAAGUUAGAAGAGCUUCACAAUUCCGUUGUGACAGCAUGCCCUAAUUCAGAACUACGAACGAUCCAAUGACGAUCCUUCGCGAUGCAGUGGUCUCAUGAAAUAAGUAAACGUAUUCGUGCUAGGAACACACGCGAAUUUCGGACGAAUGAAUCUUGCUUGUAUUUUGUAGAUAUAAUAAUACUUUGUUUCAUAAUAAACAAUUUGUCAAGUGUCAUUUAUUUACUGGUAAUAGUGCAUGUUUCAGUCGGGCAAACCUUGAUUAAUAUUUGAUACGCCGAUUUUUGCAUAUUUCAGACACAUCCAGAAAUAUCCUCCCGAAUUUAAAGAUUAAUAUCUCCGUGAAUUUUUAAGUGAAAUACAACUGUAAUAUAUCAAAGUCUAAGUUAGUCCUUCCUCUAUUUGAUGCAAGUUAUUUCUCUUUAAAAGCUAUAAUUGUUUAGAUGUUAUUACGAAUCAAACAAGAGUACUUUUUUUUGGGCCACCCGGUAUAUGCAUACCGAUAUCCAGUAAACACACUGAUUAAACUUCACGAGCCAUACGGAGGAGUUUCAAAAUGGCAAAUCAAGCAAGCACGUGCCCAUGCAAAGUUGAAUGGACCAGGAUCAAUUCCGGAAAAGACUAUUUUCCACAGAGUGCGUAUCGAUCAGAGUAAACGUGACCAUUUCCUUUCUUUCAUUAACCGCCCAUAUUUCUAUCAGGAUGUUGCAUUUGGUAUGCGUACGAUGACAUUGAACAGCGGGGAGAAAAUCGAGAUGCCUAAUAUCAUCCGCACGGUCUCAAGAUCCACUAUAGUAGCACAGUACCAAAAAUAUUGUGAAGAAGAAAAGUUUGUACCGAUUAGUAGAUCGACAAUGUUUAGGAUCUUUGAGGUACGAGAAGCGUCGCAGCGUAAAUCACUAAGUGGGUUGGAUAAUACAGCAACUGAUGGAGCUAUGGGAUUUUCAACAUUGGAGAAUAUCGUUUCUGAGUUGGGUCAAUUUGGUGCUGACAAGAGAUGGGUUGAAGAUACGACGAAGAUCCUGCGUGAUAGUAAACUGUACCUUAAAGUCAAGUACCCCGUUGAUUGCACAGAAGAAAAUGGCAGUCUUUGCAAAGACCACUGCAGGAUGUAUGCUCUCAGUGAUCCCAAAGAUAAGGAACUACAACAAACUUGUCCUCAUGAGCAUUCAAUGAAAUGUGAAGAAUGUGAAAAUCUAAAAUUUGUCAUCAAAGAUAUUGAAGAAAAAGUCGAAAACCUGUGCCAACAUUCCAGCAUGACAGAAAGGCGGGAAGAUAUGCUCUCCGACCUAAAACAGGCUGCAAAGGAUAUUUUUGACUGGAAGUCUCACAUAUUGCGCUCGACCAAUCAAGAGAAUGGGAAGCAGGACGCCCUUCGGCAACUCGAUGAGAAGACAGUUCUAGUGGUCAUGGACUGGGCCAUGAAGUUCCAGCCGAGAAAAUAUCGAGAGAAACAAUCUGAAUGGUUUGGGAAACGUGGGUUGUCGUGGCAUGUUAGCAGCGUUAUUUCAAAGCAUGAUGACACAUUGAGCGUGCAGUCUUUUGUUCACUUAAUUGACAAUAGUAACCAAGACUGGUUUUCAGUGGCGUCAAUUGUAGAAAAUCUUCUUCAGACAGUGAAACAGGAAAACCCGCAGAUAACUAAAGCAUUUUUAAGGUCGGAUGAAGCGGGCUGUUAUCACAACAAUAUGCUGAUUUUAGCGUGCAAUGAUCUUUCUCAGUCAAGUGGUGUACAGAUUGUAGGGUAUGAUUUCUCUGAGCCGCAAUGUGGGAAAGACAUUUGUGAUAGGAUUAUUUGUCCAAUGAAGUCAACUAUCAAUUCUUUCUGCAAUGAGGGACACAACAUUCUUUCUGCCGUUGACAUGCACACUGCGUUAAAAGAACGACCGGUAAAAGGAGUGACUGCCAGCGUUGGAGUGAUCGACAAAUCUAAAAAUACUUUCGACGUUCAAAAAAUGGACGGAUUCAGCAAAUUCCACGACUUUCGCUUUGAAAAGAAUAAGCUAAGAGUCUGGAGGGCUUACGGUAUCGGAAAGGGUAAAGUAGUUAAAACUAAAUCUCUGUACAAAAAUCGCCUGGUUCACCCUUCUUUACUGCACCUGUCAGAUGAGCAUGGAUUCUUUCCUUGCAAAAGUAGAACAAUGGACACAAAGGAAGAUGCAAAGAAGAAUGAAGAUCAAGAGAUUCAUGUAUUUGAUUGCAAUGAGCCAGGGUGCGAUAAGUCGUUUGACACAUUAUCUGAUCUGGAACUCCAUCUAGAUGUUGGAAACCACCAAUCCUCUACACAUCGGCCUAAAGAGAAUUUGUACGAUUCCCUAAGACGAGACUGGGCUAAGCAGUUUUCCACCAUCACAAAUCUCAAGCCAAACAAGGACAAAGCGAAACACAAGGAACUGCUGUUUGGUGGUUCUUCUGAAUUAUGUGAAGGGUGGGCGUUGGCAACUAGUUCAGGAAAUGCUCGUUUUGCAGAGCACGUAAAGUCAUACUUAACCACAAAAUUCGACCUGGGUAUAACGACCGGUAACAAAAUCACACCAAAAGAGGUUGCACAAGACAUGCGUCGUGCAAGGAACGAGGAAGGGGAAAGACUCUUUUCAAGAGACGAGUGGCUGAAAGAGAGCCAGAUUAAAGGCUUCUUUUCUAGGCUGACAUCCUCACGAAAAAGAUCAGCACCUUUAGAAACCGAAGAAGAAUCAGACGAUGAGUGGGAAGAGUAUGAAAAUGAACUAGAGUUGCUAAAUUUUAUCCAUGAACGCAUUGGCUUGAAGCAUCCAAUUAUCUAUGAUACUUUUAACCUUUGUGAAUAUGCUGCAAAAGGAAGACUCGCAAAACUUAAUAAUACUAUAUUAAAAGAAAUUCUUGAUCACUAUGAAAUAAUUUACACAUCAAAGGAAAGAAAACAAGACUUUGUAACAAAGAUCGAGGAAAUGGUGAAAGAAUGUGGGUGCCUGCAUUGCCAUUGAUGGCGAAACUUUUCCUGCAUGACCGUCGCUUGCAACUAAGGAUGAACAGUCGCUGAUAAAACACUGUCUAUUCUCACAAGAACGCCCAUUGAUUUUACCAAGAAAGUUCAAAGUUUGUAAUGACCAUUUGACGGUUUCAAUUAGAUCAGGUAAUUGUCUAGUCUCCCUCGCAGCCGCUAUUAUUACCAUUUGCAAGCAACCGUUCGGCCCAAACAUUUCUAUACGCGUUGUUUUACACUUGAAACAUGCACGUUUGGCCUUGGAAACGUGUAUGUUUGGCCUUGGAAACAUGUAUGUUUGGCCUUGGAAACAUGCACGUUUCUAAGUGGUUUUAGACAGUAAUUUGACAUUUGACGAGUAACGCCCACAUGUUUAUCAAACGUAAGGGUACAUUCAGAGCAAAAUUUGAAACGAUUGUGAUUUUAUACAAAUUGAAUUAUUAAUUUUACUAAGUAUCAACAUUAAUAACGAUGCCAGUGCAAGUAAAAACUUUAUAUGGUCUAAAACUACUGUUUAAAACUACUUAGUAAACGUGUAUGCCUUCAAGGCCAAACGUACACGUUUCCAAGGCCAAACAUGCACGUUUCCAAGGCCAAACGUGCAUGUUUCAAGUGUAAAACAACGCGUAAAAAUGUUUGGGCCGAACGGUUGCUUGCAAAUGGUAAUAAAGAUUCUCACGCGAAUAGACAAUUUUUUAUCCGCGACCGCAACUGUUCACCUCUAGUUGCAAGCGACGGUAAACCAGGCGAAAAUUGGCAAGUUUGUUUAUCAUUAGAAAGAACGCAAUGUCAAAAUAAAGUUCCCAUUCAAUUUGUUACAAAUGCAUCAUCUUCAUGCAGUUUGUACAGCCUGCAUUCGAGUAAAAUUAUGUCUAUGGAGGACGCUGUUUUGUGUUUUUAUGGCCGCUUUGGAAGUUGGAUAGCAGCCAUAAACAUAGCGCCGCUGUAUCGGCAUGGAGGUGAUGAAGCGAUCUUUCUUUCCACAGUCUCGCAACAUAAAGAAAUCCUUGAAAGUGUUCUCAACACAACGACACUUGACUUCAACACAUUUUGCGCUAAGAUGUGUAAUUAUCGCUGUUUAAUAUAUGCAAAAGCGAAAAUGGAUGUGACCUACUUGGGGCCAAGCAUUGCGCCGGGGCUACAUCGAGGGUACUUACAGUAUGACUUAAUUUUAAAACAUGUGCUAUGAUAAAUUGACUCAAAUUUGCCUGAAUUUUCUUUCUUUUGUCUUCGGUGGCGGAGAAAUUUUGAGAUUAUGAAAUUGAAUGUGAAAGGACAUUUGAAGAGGUGGUUGUGGAAGCACUGGCACAAACUUGUUUAUCAGAUAACGUAAAUGUCAAAAUACUAUGAAACGUCGCAUUGAAUUUGUUGCAAAUUAGAUGGACAUCAUGGACUUUGAACAGUUUAUACAGCCAGCCUGCAUUUGAAUACAGUUAUGCUGUUAUGUACUCUGGAGGAUCCUGUUUUCUUUGUGGAUUCAAAUUUGGAGGAUGGAUAGAAUUACAGUUGUAAUAAAACGGCUAUAAACGUGGCGCCGCUGUAUCGGCAAGGAGAUGAUGAAGCGAGACUUUCUACAGUCUCGCAUUACAUCUUGACACAAUGACACUUGACUUCAACACAUUUUGCAGUAUUAGCCACUGUUCCGAGCUAUUUGAUGUGCGAUUGUUUUACGAUUUGUAGCGGAUAAUUAUGAAUGUAAACUGCCGUAACUAGCGUGCGCAGGUAUGUAAAAUCCUCACAUUUCAAAUUUGUUUUAUUUUGUCCCAGUGAUGAUAGCCAUGGAUGUUUUUACGGAAACUAGUGCUGUUAUUCGUAAUUAUUAAGCGUGUACAACUCUUGAUAAGUAGAGUUGUGCCAGUAUGGAGAAAAUAUAUAUUUAGAAAUGCUACUUUUUCACCCGGUCGAUUAGCCGCGUAUUUAUAGUCGGCACUAUCUCCAAGUUGUUUUAAGACAUCCAAAGUUUGAGUUCAUAAAUGCUGAGCUAGUGUAAUAAACUGCAGGCCUGCAGAGUAUAUCUCGGAUUGAAUCAUUUUUGAGAGCGCGAGAACGUGACAAAGAUGACUAAUUUUUGUGUGUUGCAGCGAUGCUAAUUUCGUGCUUCGACGUACACACGUAAAAUUGCCCAAAUAUCGAAAUCUUUUGAAAUUUGAAACAAACCCCUUUUGUAUUGAUGAUAAGCAAGGGUUUCUUAAUCCACACACAAAGUUUAAGGCUGGGUUUAUUUUUGAACCAGUAUCGAGUGGUCGGAAAUUACAGGGACGGACUCUUAAGAUUUGGAUGUAUUUUUCGAGCUGAAGAUUAAAUCAUUUCAAUAUUUAAUGACAAUUUAUACAUCGCCACACUCAGAGAAACCAAGGCGAACUUCUGCUGUGGUUGGCAUCAGGAUAUUUGCUUCAAUUGAAAAUUAAACGGGUAGAUCGCUUCAGUCUGUAUGCUUUUCAAUAAUUUCACGUCAGUUUUGCAUGAUUGAAGAAUUGAGAAAUUACAAGCGUUACUUUAGUUGGAGCGCAACAGUUACACAUCCAGUAAUCUUCUAUAAAAGGUGCCUAAGUGCCCAUUUGAAAAACCAGAGAGUCAUGUUGGCUUUAGCAACAACAGAAAAAAUAUGAGUGUUCCAGGUGUUAACUAGAGGGCACUCAGAGACUGCAUACCUCCGCCCGUUACUCGGAAGUGAAAGGCAACCUUGGAAUUUCCUAAGAAAUCCACUUUACAAUUCUUAAGCAUAAAAGAUUUCAGGCCCCCGCGAAUUGAAAUCGAAUUGCUAAUAGAACAUAUUACUGUUGUUGUGCUGUACAGUACUUGUAAAAUAAAAACUUAUUAAUUUAAGUGUCAUUAAAUAAAUGCAUAAAUUUUGCUUUAUGCACUCGCGCGUGCAGUAAUUUUCACAGUUGUGCUAUUUUAAAUUCCCAGGCAGCUAAAAUCUUUUGUCUUUAAAACAAUGUCGAUUUCUUGGGAAAUUCCGAGGUUGCGUUCUUUUUAUACACCCUGUAUUGAAGUAAUCUAAUGUUGUUAGAAUUUGAAUGGACUGGCACUUUGCUGAACGUAAUAAUGCGUAACUCCGUAAGCCUUGUUUUAGACAUUGAAUUUCGGUCGCGUGAAAUGCAACUAAGACAAUAGAUAAUGAAGGCCGAAGCUUAAUGAGGUUUAUCAUCUCAUUAUUGUCUUAGCACUGAGUGCAUAAAUUAUACAUGUCCUAAUUACGCAUUCAGUAAUAUUUUUUGUUAAUUGACCGGGAAAAGCAAGACAAAAUUUUGUUCAUUUCUCGUUCAAUUUUUAACCAAAUUCAACCAAAUUUUAAUCAGUUCUUCCUUAGCCGAUGGGAAAUGCAUUCAAAAAAUUUCGUACGGAUAUGUUUGGUAUUUCUUGAGUUAUCGUGCUCACAGACAAACACACACACAUACACACACACGCACACACACACACACACACACACACACACACACACACACACACACACACACACACACACACACAUACACACACACACACACACACACACACACACACAUACAAACCCAGAUGAUUACAUAACCUCCUGGCGGAGGUAACUACGAUCACGAAAUCUUUGUAUGAGCGAACCGGAACAGCAGGUGGAUGGGCAAUGGUGCAGGGAUUAACGGUGGGGGAGUGAAUCGUUUUUCACAUACUUUUAAAUUUCACAUUUGUCGCGGUUUAAUAAUCAGAUCAUUUUCACAUUGAACUUAAAUCAGGAUGAAGAGCAGUACAAUUCUCUGGAUUAGAAACCACUCGGCAAAAUCCGUUUAAUAGCUAAGGACGUCAGUCAGAUGAAAGAGUCUUCCAUGAGGAAACGAGUCAAAGGCUUUACUGAAGUCCAGGUAAGUGACAUAAAACGAGGUACCCAAGCUACGAACACCUGAGACUAACUGUUUAACACAAAAUCUGCCUCGAACAAAAUAGUAUAAUUGCCCAAACGUAACGACUUGUUAAAAAGUAAACAAGGUAGCCCCAGAGACAGUUCGGGUCAGAAAAACAUCACACUGACAUGCUCUACCUUUUUACUUUACUGACGAAAUCUGUCCCAAAUGUCGGCCCCAAAUUGUCGUCAAAAAUAUUGAUUUCCAUUGAAGUUGUUAUCUUAAAUUAACCUAAAUAGUCUUCAAGUGGAUCGUUCCUGAACGCAGUUUUUCGUCCUUGAAAUUCAGCCACUUUGAGGUUAAUAUUUUCCAGUCUAUUUUCAUUAAAGGCGCGUGAAGUGAAAUUCAAGUCAAACAUUUUUGUUUCAUGGUCUGACAACACAUUCAUCAGUUAUGGUUGA